AUCUACUUGCUGCUACAUCUAAAUCUUACAUGGCCCUAAUAGGCCUGGGCUUACAGUAGGAUGAAGAACGCUAGUGCACAUAAUGGCGAGGAACUGUUCUGUAAAGUAACAUUCUGCUAUACUACAGUCAUGCUGUGCACAUCAGAUACAUGCAACAAUCUCAAUCUUAAGGGCAGCUCCAUAUACAAAAAGUCUCGUUAAAGCUUUGGAAUCAAAUGCCGUUUCACACUACAGAGCAUGGUUGGAAACUUCUUCCGCCCUUCUUGCAGCUCAUAAGCUUCUGGUAUAA